AUGAGGCUGAACCUAGGAUCAGAGCUGUCCAAUCUGACGGCAAAUGGCCAAGGCGACUUCACUUCUUUGGAACGUGUCCAGCGGCAAGUCCGCCUGAUCUGUUUGCUGUUUGUUGCUUGUGCUCGCGUAAUCUUUCUCGAGCACUUCCAGGCUUGCUCUGCUUCCUGCCUCGUCUCUUUUUUCCGUCAAGUCCAAUCUCCUUGGCAAAAACUUUUGCCUGAUUGUCCUCGAGUUCACCACUUAUCAGUGA